AUCGUAUGGUAUCCUAAAUUCCUAGCCUGCCUCAAGCCAUCUGAGCAUGAAGGACUGUCACUUGUCCACGCCACCUUGCUGGUACAUUUGUCCAAGUGCUCUUCACCGACUGUAUGCCUAGACCACCAAGGCUCUCCCUCCAGAGCAGUCCACUGCUGCAGGCCGAGUGACAUGUCCAGGGCACAGAUCUCAGGUUUGGUGUUUGGUGUUGGAGGAUUUGGAGCCCUUGUUGCUGCCACCGCUUCCAAUGAGUGGAAAGUCACCACCCGGGCUUCCUCGGUGAUAACUGCCACUUGGGUUUACCAGGGUCUGUGGAUGAACUGCGCAGGUAACGCCCUGGGCUCUUUCCAUUGCCGACCGCAUUUUACCAUCUUCAAAGUAGAAGGUUAUAUUCAGGCAUGCAGAGGACUUAUGAUUGCUGCUGUCAGCCUGGGCUUCUUUGGCGCCAUAUUUGCACUCUUUGGAAUGAAAUGUACCAAAGUUGGAGGCUCAGAGAAAGCCAAAGCUAAGAUUGCUUGUUUGGCUGGGAUUGUAUUCAUUCUGUCAGGCUUGUGCUCAAUGACUGGCUGUUCCCUAUAUGCAAACAAAAUCACGACAGAAUUCUUUGAUCCUUACUUUGUGGAGCAAAAGUAUGAAUUAGGAGCUGCUCUGUUUAUUGGAUGGGCAGGAGCCUCACUCUGCAUAAUUGGUGGUGUCAUAUUUUGCUUUUCAAUCUCUGACAAUAACAAGACACCCAGAAUGGGAUACACAUACAACGGGCCCACAUCUGUUAUGUCUUCUCGGACAAAAUAUCAAGGUGGAGAAGGAGACGUUAAGCCCACAAAUCCAUCAAAACAGUUUGAUAAAAAUGCUUACGUCUAAGAGCUCUGCCGGCAAGCCGUAUCUUGAGUUGUUAUAAAAGUGAACAGUUCACAAAAUGGUUCCAUCAAGUCCCUUCUGUAAUUAAUCCUCAGACUAUUUUUACAAUAUGAAUUGGAAGAAUUUGUUGAUUGUCUGGAUGUAAAUGUUCUUAUAGUUAUGAACUAAUCAUUUUCUGUUGUGGCUUUCUAUAAAAAAUAAACAAGUUUAUUUACAGGA